CGGUCAUAUGCUGCAUUCGAGCACACGCGAUUCAUCAGAAGGCACGCAACUUACCUGGAAGAGACUUUUUUUACGAUGGAAAACUUCACAUCUCAACUGACUGCAUUCGUUGAUUGGCUGGGAGAGUACCCACCUGAGCUCACUGCUUGUUCAUCAGAAGGCAGAGGCUCUGCAAUGGGGAAGGCCACUUCUUAUGAAGCAGACUUGAAAAGUGACAACGCUGAGAGUAAGAUAGCCAACUAUCUUCAGCUCUUGGGCAAAACAGACGGCAAAGGCAAAGUUGUCAUCGCCUCUCUGGCUCUCCACAAGACCUGGGCACUGGUGCGUAGUCUGCUGGACAGCCUGGAGGAGGAAUAUGAAAGGAUGGAGGACUGGUGCGGCACAACAGACGAACCUGGCUUCAGCGGUCAGAUGGCUCAUGUCACUUCCAUGAUCAGUAAACACCUGAAGCAGAAGGAAUUCUUCCUCAAGGCCUGCACGUUAACCAAGGAAAUUGCAUAUAUCUUCCACCAAUUCGUAGAGAGGAACGGUGCUACAGUGGGACGGCUGAGUCAUGACCAAGAACAGCACGUAACAAGAAUCCUUAAUGAUCUGUGCCAGAGAGAAAACCGUGUCCUCUCUUCAUGGAAUAUCAGGAAGCAGUACUUGGACCAGUGUCUACGAAUGGAAAAGCACCGCUGCAGCUUGAGGAAGAAUGUCCAACUGGGCAUGGUUACCGCUACAUCGGACAUGACGCCAAGAUCGUGCCGUACACUCAAGCAUGGUCAUAAACUGGAUUUUAAAGGAACAGGUCCCACUUGGCAAAAGUGGCUCAGCAGAUGCGUGUCCUGGCCAAACCAUAAAUACGUCGGUCAGUAAUAAGGCGGCUGGCAACCAACACAAGAAUGGUCAUGACCACAACACCUUUGUUGGUUUGGUGAAGAGAUCCCCUGUCGGGAACCUGGGUUCCAUGAUGGACAGUGGUACCUGUCCAAAGUCAACUUUUCAUUUAUUUUUGUACUU